GUGAAAACACAGACAGACCCAGAGAGCAAUGACAUCUCAUCUUCUUUCCCCAUUACCAUCUCUCACCUUCUUCCAAACCGGAAACUUAACCGGUCGUUCUCUACCUCUAAACCCUAACCUCCAAUUCUCAAAACCUAGACUUUCAAAGGAAAGAGCCGCCACACUCGUCCUCCGAUCCAAAGGCGACGACUCCGUCGACGCAUCAGAUCGGAUAAUCUCAGCGGUCUGUUACUUCUACCCGUUCUUCGAUGGGAUUCAGUACGGUAAAUUCAUCAUCACGCAAUACCAACCUUUCCAGAUUCUCAUCCAGCCUCUGUUUCCAGCCAUCAAGGCCUUCAAGAGCUUCCCCUUCAAUGGAUUUCUCAUCUUCAUCGCUCUCUACUUCGUCGUCGUGAGGAACCCUAAUUUCAGCAGGUACGUUAGGUUCAACACGAUGCAGGCCAUUGUGCUCGACGUGCUGUUGAUUUUCCCGGAUUUGCUUGAGAGGAGCUUUAAUCCCAGAGAUGGGUUUGGUCUAGAUGUGGUGAUGAGUUUGGACAGUACAGUGUUCCUCUUCUUGCUUGUCUGUUUAAUCUAUGGAUUCUCUGCUUGCUUGUUUGGUCUGACCCCGAGGUUGCCCAUUGUUGCUGAUGCUGCUGAUAGGCAAGUCCUUUGAUUUGUAAAGAAAAAACUGCAACAACAAAUAAUAUAUGUAUGUACACAGUGCUGUGAUUGCACUUUCUCUGUAUUGGAUCUGUAUCUUAUAGUCAAAAGAUAAUGUAACUUUUUAAUCUAUUUAAAAGGGC